GUCCUCCCGGUUCCGGCGCGCUAGAGGCCCCGGGUGGUGAACGAGGCUCCGGCACCAUGUCUGGUUUGUUUGGUCCACUCUCCUGGCCUGGCCCUCUGCCGUCCGCCUUGCUCUUUCUGUUCCUGCUCGGCCCCAGCUCGGUCCUCGGCAUCUCCUUCCACCUGCCCGUGAACUCUCGCAAGUGUCUCCGAGAGGAGAUCCACAAGGACCUGCUGGUGACGGGCGCGUACGAGAUCACCGACCAGUCUGGGGGCGCUGGCGGCCUGCGCACCCACCUCAAGAUCACAGAUUCUGCUGGCCAUAUUCUGUAUGCCAAAGAGGAUGCAACUAAGGGGAAGUUUGCCUUCACCACGGAAGACUAUGACAUGUUUGAAGUGUGUUUCGAGAGCAAGGGAACAGGGCGGAUACCUGACCAACUCGUGAUUCUAGACAUGAAGCAUGGAGUAGAGGCAAAAAAUUAUGAAGAGAUUGCAAAAGUCGAGAAACUCAAACCACUGGAGGUGGAGUUACGGCGACUCGAGGACCUUUCAGAGUCCAUUGUUAAUGACUUUGCCUACAUGAAGAAGCGGGAAGAGGAGAUGAGGGACACCAACGAGUCCACAAACACCCGGGUCCUGUACUUUAGCAUCUUUUCCAUGUUCUGCCUCAUUGGACUAGCCACCUGGCAGGUCUUCUACCUGCGUCGCUUCUUCAAGGCCAAGAAGUUGAUAGAGUAAUGAGGCUCAGUCUUCUGUCCCCUGGAGCCAGCAGAACAUCGCUGGGACGUGCCCGGCCUAGCCCAAGGCCUUCUCACUAACAGUACCAUCAAGGCACAGCUGAGCUCUCCUGCCAGAACUGACUCUUGGUAUGGGAGAACAUGGGCACCACCUAUACCCAACAAGUCAAUGAGGACUUUUUAAUGCAGUAGGAUUUGGACUGGUUUUGCAACAAGAUUAUUAAAGUCGCCUAUGGAAAAAAACAAAACAACAAACAGGGGUCACCUAGAUAACGCCAAAGCCAGCAUUCAUCCCGGGUCGCAGCCCAGGGUCUGUUGGAGCCCUUUGCUUUUUCCUUCCCACUUGCUCGUCGCCUUGGUCCCUCACUCUAGUUUUCCUCCCAAGAUUUCUCUGCCACCGUUAGCUCUCUCUUAUCAGUUGUCUCUUUGGUUUCCUUGUGAAAACACCUGGAACUUCUCUUGGUUCUUAGAUGAAAUGUUUACAUAGCUUCUGAUGAUAUCCUUCGUAAUUUUAUGUCUCCUGAAGGGUCAUGGGUGGGACACAUAAAAAAGUGAGCUUUGAACUGUAGAUAAUCUCUUAAAAGAAAAUCUCAUUUUAGACCAUUAAAAUGUUUGUGCUCAACUGCUUGAAGUCCUUGUGUAUGUGUGUUUAGUUCUGUCCAGUUUAUCACUUGUAGAUCCUGUCCAUCACUUCAAGGCAGAGUAGUUCCACCACGUGGUCUUCCUUUGGCGCUGUCUUAGCUAGCCACUCCCUUCUCCACCUCCGGCUCUGCCUUCCUAAUCUGCUCACCUUUGUAACUAUUAUGUAAAUGGGGCAUCCAGAGGGCAACCUUUGGAGGUUGACCUUCUCCACUCAGCAUAAUCCCAUGAGGUGCCUCUCAAAAGUGUUGCACAUACUGAUUUUCCUCCAGGUUAUGGAUGGUACUGCAUGGUGCUUAAAGGUCAUAUGGGUGGGCCUGGCCCUUAACUACUAAAGUUCUUAUGUGAGUAUGAGUUUUCAUCACUCUGGGAUAAAUGCUUAAGAGGGCAAUUGCUACGCUGUGUGGGAAGCACAUGUAGUUCUAAUGGGACCUUCCCUGCUCUUGUCUAGAGAGGCUAUAGGAUGUUACAUUUCCACAUUCCCUUUAGUCCUUAUUGCUAUUCUAACUUAGUCCCUUUAAUGGGGCCUGUAAUAUCUCAUUAUGGUUUUAAUUUGCAUUUUCCUAAUGGCAGUUGGUUGAGCAUCCUUUCUUGUGCUUGUUGUCUCCUUGUCAGUGAAAUGUCUCUUGGUGGCUUUUGCCAAUCUUCUCCGUGGGUCAUUUGUUCACUUCACUGUUGAGUUCUGUGUGGUUCCUCUAUCAAAUGGGUUCUUGCUUGAACUUUUCAUAUAACUUCUACCAGGAAAAAUGAGUAAAUUUUACCAGCCCUUCAUGUAUGGCCAAUCAUUCAUCUAAUUCCUAUUCUUCAGUGUUAUCUCUGAGACUUGGACUUAGAGGGUUUAACUUGGACAUCUCAGAAAGUCACAGAUAGUAAAUACUUGAAAAUAUAUGCCGUAAAAACACAGCCAAGGUUCACUUGGUGGGAGUUUUAGGUACCUCAAGGCAGUUCUGGGGAGUGUAGCUUAGGUAGGUAGAGUGCCUACCUAAUGUAAGGAAGGCUCUGGGCUGAUUGCCAGCACCUGGGGGGGAAGUAGAUACACAUGCCUGUAAACAGGAAAAAUACUCAUUUAUCCUCUAACAUCUUUCCCACUUCUCCUGGGAAAAUGGGUAAUCUUUUAACCCUGCUGACCUGUUCCAGGGCUUGUCUUAAUUGCAGUUCUGAGAAGUACAGGACUUAGGCCCAUGUUACUUGCAGUAAAGAAGUGGAAUAUUGAAGUUAUCAGAGAACACCGUUAAGAUGACCUGGAUGAAGUACAAAGGUGAACAGGAAUGAUUUGUGUGGUCAAGUCUCAGGCUGUUCUGUUACGGUACCAGUUACUAUAAACUCAAAAGUCUUCUUUGUCUUAUGACUUCCAUAAACUCUUGCGUGGCGUCAAGUGUUCUCUGGUACAACAGUGCCAUCUGCUGUUGAGAAAUGAUAGGUCUCACUUCUACAAUCUUAGCAAGCAAGUCCUCUCACCAUGGCAACAGCAGAAAGUCAGAAAUCUGUAACAUUCAUAUAUCAAGUGAUAGAAGAACAAUUUAAGUAUGAAAAGAAUAAACUUUUGGGUCAAAAUCCAUCUGUAGACUUUUAAAUACAAAACCAUAGUCUGUCUGUACCAUUCGCCUAGCCAGAGACUCCUAUUUUCUGACUUGUGCCUUCCCCUCUAAGGAGAAAUGACAGCCACUCUAUUAGUUUUCUGUUUUCUGUUCACGAAAAUGUCAGUUUUUCAGAGAGGAGGAUAUAGAGCAUUCUGUCUAUGUUUUUGUUUCCAAGAACAACUGUGCUUAAGCUUUGUAGAACUGAAAUUCUUUCGAGUCCUUUCGAUUGUUUUGAUUCAUGCCCAAAACAACCAAUUUGGGCAUUGCACUCUUGGUUCAAUUGAACAGCAUUUGCCUUGGCAACAGGCUAGCACAAAGACAUAUUGGCUUUAUAAACAGGCACAUUACCUGCUUCCCUCCAUUUUCAGCAUAUUCAAAAUAAUCUGAGAGUAAUAGUCUCAAAAAGCCUUUUUCUGUACCAUUGUCAUGAACCCCCACCCACCCCAACCCCACCCCAACCCCACCCCAACCCACCCACCCCACCCCCUGUCAGAGCCAUCUUCUGUUUGUUAAUGGGAAAAGGCAUGUGGGAUUUAUACAGGCUCACCUGUUGGAGAUUUUUGUGUAAACUUUCACAAAUAAAGGCUAGCAGAAACCA